AUGGCGCAAUCAUGCUGCAGUGCAGGGCCUCGGAAGCCCGCACCCGGCGACAAGCUGGACUCCCACUUUGCACACGAUGUUUACCCCGUCCAUCUCCUUGACCAGCCUUCGGGCAUGCGGCAGAUGCUGACGACCUGGGUCAUGUGCUUCAACGAUGUGCUCGACGCCGCACAGCUGCACGCUUGUCUGUGUCAGUUGCUGGAGAUUGGUGACUGGAGAAAGCUCGGUGCUCGCUUGAGAGUAAAGCAUGACGGAUUGUUGGAGGCAUAUGUCCCCAAGGCUUUCACGCCCCAGAACCCAGCUUGCCUCUUUUCCCACGAACGGCUCCUUGACCAAUACAUUGCGGCUCAUCCUGCCGGGAGGCACUUUACCUUGCCCCGCACACGCGCCUUCACCCAGACGUUCCCGCCGAGCUGCCGUCGGGACCUCGCUCCCCCGGGGUUUCCCGCCACGAUCAAGGAUCUCAUCCGGCGAAAUCUCCCGCUGCUAUCGCUCCAUGUGCUCUCGUUUUGCGACGCGACCGUGGUAAAUCUGUCGUGGCCGGAGAAUCUCAUGGACAGCGCCAGUUUCAAGGCCCUCCUGGAGAACUGGUCGCUGGUGGUGGCCGGGCGAAGCCAAGAAGUCGCCUUGGUCUUUGGCCCGUAUAGAGACGUUCUCGGGGAACUGGUCCAGAAGGCAGAGGAGAAGAGGACUCUCAAAACUGACGACGCGGGCUCGUGCCGAUGCCGCCUCCCGGGAUGGUGGCCAAGGCGGAACCUGCCACCCAAGGAGCGAAGGAUGGUGUACAUCCCCAAAGACAUCUACGAAGACUUUUUGAACGAGAUCCGCGACGACAUCUCCCGGCUGGUGGACGACGACCAGCGGCCCCGUACGGCCAUCAGCGACGCAGAAAUCCUCCUCGCCUGGCUGAGCAAGCUGCACGCGGGGGGCGCCUCCAAGCCCCGUGGCGUCGUGGCGCGCAACAUGGUCAAUCUGCGCCACCACAUAUCGUCGCUGCGAGAUCCCUCGGGCGAGUACCUCCAGAGCCUGAUGUUUCCCAUCCGCUCGAGGCUGUCAGCCCGAGACGUCGUCGAGUCGGUCGGCAAAAUCACCCUCAUGCACAAACGCACCAUGGACCGAGAGACCCGCGAGGACAGGCUGCUGGCCAUGGCCAAGUCGCUCUUGGAGGACGGGGCGCGCGGCAAGAGAGUGUCGAGGGCCGCGCGGGACUCGAGGUCCGCCCACAUCGACUACAGCAGCCUGGCCUCGCUGCGGCUGCUGUCGGCGGCCGACUUUGGGCCCGCCGUGCUGCACUGCGGCAGCCUGGAAAGUCGGCGGUACAACCCGCCGGGGACGCUGGCGACGGCCUACUGCGUGCAGGUGGACGCCCGGCCUACCGAGUCGGUGUGCCGCGUCCUGGGCAGGGACUCUGGCGGCCACUUCUGGAUGUACGGCCAGCUGGAGCCCAAGGUCUGGGUCCGGCUGGAGGAGGAGCUGUACAGGCUGCAAAAGUGCGUCAACUCGCUCACGUCGGGCGGCUCGGUGCGCUUCUCCAGCGGCCCGCGGACGCGGGCCUGA